UGCAAAAUGAUAUAGCAAUAAAACUAUUUACUAAGCAAUGAGGAGAAAGCUCAACUGUUAAUUCAACACAUUCAAAAUGUUGAAGUUUUUUUUUACUUCCUGCUUAAGUUCUUUCACUGAUUAAUGUUUUUUGAUUUUGCAUGUAGUUUAAAAAAUUAAAAGUAGAGUAUGUCACAUCUUGAUGCAACGGUAAAUAUUAAAUUAGUAUCAAACAGUUAUUGUAACAUUUUACAUUGUACAUUUGGAAGGGUGGACAGAGGUACUGACUACUGUUGUUGUCAAUUACUGUUUAAAAUAAUAAUGCAUUUUGUGGGAAUUAUGGCAGUUCAUUUACUCCCGAAGAUAAUGAUUGUUUUUCAUAUUUAUGGAUGACCUACGUAUGAUGACUCAACAGAACUAUCUGCUAAACGUGUUAGAAGAACAGAAGAAACUAGUGGAAGCACAGAAAGAAGUGCUUCACAGACUUGACCAAGAAACCAGUCUCUGCCAAGCAGGUCUGACUUUGGAUCAACAUACAUUUCCAUUUAGUCCUGGGAUGCAAGUUCUGGUACAAAACCCUGAAGAUGGCUGGUAUUUAAAAGGAAUCAUCAUCAGUGAAUUCAAGCAUGGUGACUAUUUGGUGGAAUGUAAUGACAAUACAACCAUAAAAACAUCCCGAGUGCAUAUAGAAAUGGGCCAAAAGGAAGAAAAUAAUAUAAAGGAAUGGGAUCAUGUGCUUUGUCUCUAUCCCAGGGGUACUGGAAGAUAUUGCCCUGCAGUUGUGCUCAAAGUCAUUUCACAGACAGAAGCUCAGGUUCUGUUUUAUGAUAAAACAGAGGGACUUAUCCCUCAAGAGGAGAUUUAUAGAAUUGAUAACAAACAAAUGGAGCGGAUCGUGAAAGAAAUCACUUCUUAUGAGUGUGGAAUGUUUGGUCGUACUGUAGUUGCAAGAAAGGACAGCUGUGGAGUGUACAAUAUAGGUAAGACAUUACUAUUUUGCAUUAAAUUGCUGAAGUUCUGUGUAAAGUCGCAUGACUUAUUUGUACAAAAGUAA